AGAUACUUCGAUUUUUUUGAAUAGCUUCUUAUUAGUGAUAUUUUUCUCGUUUUUCCCUUUUUGGGGAUUUUAUUUUUUUUCAUUUGACUAAAAAACAUUUUUUUUCCUUAACUUUUGAUUCGUGAAAAUUUCAAUUUUUGGCUCAUAAGUAUUCGCAUUAAGCAUGGAUACGGGCAUGAAACAAGUCACAGUGAAGCUUGACGCAAAGCAGUCAAAGCCUACGAAUACGAAAAAGAAUAAUAAAACACAGCCUGAUGUAGAUUUGCAUAAGGAAUUUACAAGAGCGAAGGACGAAGGAAUCGUCAGGUUGAAUUUAUCGAAAAAUAACAUAACAGUCAUCCCGUCGAGCAUUAAAGAAUGCCCGCAUUUAGUUGAACUUUAUCUUUAUGGCAAUAAAAUUGCUUCAUUGCCCCCCGAAAUUGGAUAUUUAACGCAAUUACAGACACUAGCUUUGAAUGAGAAUCAGCUGAACUCAUUACCGGAUACAUUGCAGAAUUUGACAAAAUUAAAAGUUUUAGAUCUUCGCCAUAAUAAAUUGGGCGAAGAUAUUCCAGAUUCAAUUUAUAAAUUAAAAAGUUUAACAACACUAUAUCUACGAUUUAAUCGAAUUAGGAAUGUGAGUGAGGAGAUUAGGAAUUUAGAGAAGCUAACAAUGCUCAGCUUGCGAGAGAAUAAAAUUAAAAGUCUGCCACGAGCGAUAGGAUGUUUAGUGAAUUUGGAUAUAUUAGACAUUAGUCAUAAUCAUUUGGAACAUUUACCUGAAGAAAUAGGAAUGUGUAAGAAUUUAAGUGCAUUAGAUUUGCAGCACAAUGAUUUACUGGAUAUACCAGACACGAUUGGUAACUUAGUUAAUUUGGCUCGACUUGGAUUGAGGUACAAUCGACUGUCAGUCGUACCGCAAACAUUAAAGAAUUGCUGUGCUUUGGAAGAAUUUAAUAUUGAAGGGAAUUCAGUUUCGGAAUUGUCAGGAAUAUUGUCGAGUUUAACAUUACUCACAAGCAUAACACUGUCGAGAAAUUCUUUCACCAGUUUCCCAACAGGAGGACCUGGAAUUUUUCAUGACAAUAUAACAAGCAUUAAUUUAGAGCACAAUCAAAUUGAUAAGAUUCCUUAUGGCAUUUUUUCACGAGCAAAGUCAUUGACGAAGCUUAACAUGAAGGAGAACUCAUUGACACAAUUACCACUUGAUCUCGGCACGUGGACAAAUAUGGUAGAACUGAACUUAGGAACGAAUUCAAUUUCGAAACUUCCUGAUGACAUACAAAAUCUACAGCAACUUGAAAUUUUGAUUUUGUCAAAUAACUUGUUAAGAAAGAUUCCAACAACAAUUGGGAAUUUAAGGAAGCUGAGAGUGUUGGAUUUGGAAGAGAAUCGAUUGGAGGGAACCAUACCAGCAGAAAUCGGACUUUUACAUGAUCUACAAAAACUAAUUUUACAAUCAAACCAAAUAACUGCAUUGCCACGCACAAUUGGGCAUCUUUCAAACUUGACAUAUCUUUCGGUUGGAGAGAAUAAUUUACAAUUCAUACCGGAAGAGAUUGCAAAUUUGGAAAAUCUUGAAUCACUUUAUAUUAACGAUAAUCCAUUAAUUAAAUUGCCAUUUGGUUUAGCUUUAUGUCAAAAUUUGGCUAUAAUGUCGAUUGAAAACUGUCCAUUGAGCUCUAUUCCUCAAGAAGUUGUUGCCGGAGGUCCUUCACUUAUCAUACAAUACUUAAAACUUCACUCACCAUUUCGCCAAAUGUGAUUUACUAAUGAAAUGACAAUUCAAUCCCAAAAUAAAGGCUUAUUUGGUAGCAAAAUAAGUCGACAACAAUCCAUAAGUACAUCAUUCAACAAGUCACGUUCACUUUCUCAAAGUAAGUCAUUUACGAAUCUUAAAGAAUUGAACAGUUACUAUCAAAAUUAUUUUCGAUUCGAGAUUAAAUGUGGAAAUACAGCAUUUGUUUAUGAAAAGAAUAUUAAUCGAAGUAUUAGCCAUUAAACUGAUUAUAAACAUAUUGUUUUUUGCAUUCAUAAAAAAAUCGUGUAUUUUUGUCACAUAAAAGAAACAUGAAGUCAGACAGAAAAAAAAGUAUAAUAUUUAAAUAUAUUAACCAUCAUCACAUGAAUUCAUAAUGUGAAAAAAAAAGUAAUUAAAAUAAAUAAUUCGCUCUCAAACAUUUUUGUGCAAAAAAAAGAAGAAGAAAAAAAUUGAAAAAAAUUAAAAUAAUAUUUAAAAGAUGUUCUUAAGUGGUAAAUGUUCUGAACUGUAUUGAGACUAUCGAAUGACUUUGAAUUUUCAUUUCUUUCACUCAAUUGCUUGAUGAAAAUCGUGCGCGAUACACAGACAAUUUUUCAAAUAGGACAUGUGAGUCAUAAAAUUUUUGUA